AUGUUUUCGGGGGUGCAUGGGAUGCUGAAUAGGGGGCAGAAGAUAAAAGGGACGGUGGUGCUGAUGCGGAAGAAUGUGUUGGAUAUAAACAGCCUCACCAGUGUUGGUGGAGUCAUCGGUUCAGGCCUCGACAUCCUUGGUUCCACAGUUGAUAAUCUCACUGCUUUCUUAGGCCGAUCUGUCUCUCUCCAGUUGAUUAGUUCCACCAAAGCUGAUGCAAAUGGGAAAGGGAAACUUGGAAAGGAAACUUUUCUUGAAGGAGUCAUCACUUCGUUGCCAACCUUGGGAGCAGGCCAAUCUGCAUUCAAAAUUCACUUUGAAUGGGAUGAUGACUUUGGAAUUCCUGGAGCAUUUUACAUCAAGAAUUUCAUGCAAACUGAGUUUUUCCUUGUGAGUUUGAUUCUUGAAGACAUUCCAAACCAUGGAACCAUCUACUUUGUUUGCAACUCCUGGAUUUACAAUGCUAAACACUUCAAAAAUGACCGAAUUUUCUUUGCCAACACGCCAUAUCUUCCAAGUGAAACACCAGCUCCAUUGGCUCAGUACAGAGAAGAAGAGUUGAAGAAUUUGAGAGGAGAUGGAACUGGUGAACGUAAAGAAUGGGAAAGGAUCUAUGAUUAUGAUGUCUACAAUGAUUUGGGGGAUCCAGAUAAAGGUGAAAAGCAUACCCGUCCAGUUCUUGGAGGGUCUGAGACCCAUCCUUAUCCUCGCAGGUGUAGAACUGGCAGAAAACCAUCGAAGAAAGAUCCUAAUAGUGAGAGCAGGACCAGUGAUAUUUAUCUUCCAAGAGAUGAAGCUUUUGGUCACUUGAAGUCAUCUGACUUUCUAGUUUAUGGAUUGAAGUCUGUGUCUCAAGAUGUUGUCCCGGCACUACAAUCUGUAUUUUUUGACUUAAAUUUCACGCCGAAUGAGUUUGAUAGCUUUGAUGAAGUUCAUGGACUCUAUGAUGGUGGAAUUAAGCUGCCUACAAAUGUACUUAGUAAGAUUAGUCCAUUACCUGUGCUCAAGGAAGUCUUUCGAACCGAUGGUGAACAAGCCCUCAAGUUUCCACCGCCUAAAGUAGUUCAAGCAACUAAGUCUGCAUGGAUGACUGAUGAAGAAUUUGCAAGAGAAAUGCUCGCCGGUGUAAAUCCAAAUGUGAUUCGUUGUCUUAAGGUGUUCCCUCCACCAAGCAAGCUAGACAGUCAAGUCUACGGUGAUCAUACCAGUAAAAUAACCAAAGAACACCUGGAGCCUAACUUAGAAGGCCUCACUGUAGAUCAGGCAAUUCAAAAAGAGAGAUUGUUCAUAUUGGAUCAUCAUGACUCAAUCAUGCCAUACUUAAGGCGCAUAAACUCAACUUCCACAAAGGCUUAUGCUACCAGAACCAUCCUUUUCUUAAAAGAUGAUGGAACUUUAAAGCCACUGGUCAUAGAGUUGAGUUUGCCACAUCCUGACGGAGAUCAUCAUGGUGCUGUUAGUGAUAUUUACCUGCCUGCAAAAGAAGGUGUUGAAAGUUCUCAGUGGCUACUGGCCAAGGCAUAUGUGAUAGUGAAUGACUCAUGCUACCAUCAACUUGUCAGCCAUUGGUUAAAUACUCAUGCAGUUAUUGAGCCAUUCGUCAUUGCAACUCACAGACAUCUUAGCUUUGUUCACCCUAUAUAUAAGCUUCUGUAUCCUCACUAUCGUGACACCAUGAAUAUAAAUUCCCUUGCUCGAGGAUCACUGGUCAACGACGGUGGUAUCAUAGAACAAACAUUUUUGUGGGGGCGGUACUCUAUGGAAAUGUCCUCUGUACUUUACAAGAAUUGGGUUUUUAUAGAGCAAUCACUGCCUGCUGAUCUCAUAAAAAGAGGAAUGGCAUAUGCGGAUUCAGCUUCACCUCAUGGCGUUCAACUUGUGAUAGAGGACUACCCUUAUGCAGUUGAUGGACUGGAGAUAUGGGAUGCUAUCUGGAUAUGGGUCAAAGACUACGUCUCCUUGUACUACCCCUCUGAUGAAAAACUUCAACAAGAUUCUGAACUCCAAGCUUGGUGGAAAGAAAUUGUAGAAGUGGGUCAUGGUGACAAGAAAGAUGGAAAAUGGCCUACAAUGCAAGCUUGUCAUGAACUGAUUGAAGCUUGCACUAUCAUCAUAUGGAUUGCUUCAGCUCUUCAUGCAGCUGUUAACUUUGGCCAGUAUCCUUAUGGCGGUUUAGUCUUGAACCGCCCGACUCUUAGCCGGCGGUUCAUGCCGAAGAAAGGAACUCCUGAGUAUGAUGAGCUGGUCAAGAGCCCUCAGAAGGCUUACUUGAAGACAAUCACUCCAAAGUUUCAGACCCUUAUUGACCUUUCUGUUAUAGAAAUCUUGUCAAGACAUGCUUCUGAUGAGUUGUACCUUGGGGAGAGAGACAAUCCAAAUUGGACAUCUGAUUCAAGUGCAUUAGAGGCCUUUAAGAAGUUUGGGAACAAGCUUGCUGAAAUUGAGAAAAAACUCUCUCAGAGAAACAAUGAUGAGAAGCUGAGAAACCGUCGUGGACCGGUUCAGAUGCCUUAUACCCUGCUUUAUCCUUCUAGUGAUGAAGGAUUAACCUUCAGAGGAAUUCCCAACAGCAUCUCUAUCUGAAG